AAAAAGAGCAGAGAGGAGACAUGCGGGGAAGGCAGCGGAGUAGAGAUCCUGGAGAACAGGCCAUACAUGGAUGGACCAGGAGGCAAUGGGCAGUAUACUCACAAAGUGUACCACAUUGGUAUGCACAUACCCAGCUGGUUUCGGUCAAUAUUGCCUAAGGCAGCUCUGCGAGUCGAAGAGGAAUCGUGGAAUGCAUAUCCUUAUACAAGGACAAGGUAUACAUGCCCUUUUGUGGAGAAGUUCUCUAUUGAUAUUGAGACAUACUACAAAACUGAUCCAGGCGAGCAUGUCAAUGUGUUCAACCUUUCUGCUGCAGAAAAAAGACAAACCGUUCUAGAUCCUAUUGAUAUUGUUAAAGAUCCUAUCCCUCCACAUGAAUACAAAGCUGAGGAGGAUCCAAAGCUGUAUAAAUCAGUGAAGACUAAAAGAGGCCCCCUCUCAGAAGACUGGAUUCAAGAGUACAAGAACAACCCCGGGAAAUGCCCCAUCAUGUGUGCAUAUAAACUGUGUAAAGUCGAGUUCAGAUACUGGGGGAUGCAGUCAAAAAUCGAGCGGUUUAUCCAUGAUGUUGGCUUGCGGAAGGUCAUGGUCCGUGCCCAUCGGCAAGCUUGGUGCUGGCAGGAUGAAUGGUAUGGGCUCACCAUUGAGGAUAUCCGGCAGCUGGAGAAGGAGGCACAGUUGAUGCUGGCUCAGAAGAUGGCCCAGUUCUGCAGUGAAAAUGAUACGGAGCAGCACGGUGUCAAAGACACUCCUGGUGAGAAGGAUGUUGAAGCCAACACAGUUUCACCUGUUGACACAGAGGAUGCCACUGGUGACAGUGAAACAGCCUCUGGGAGAUCGCUCACCAAGCAGUGGUCCACCUCUUCCAAGUCCUCACGAUCUUCAAAGAGAGGAGCAAGUCCCUCACGCCAUAGUAUCUCCGAGUGGAGGAUGCAGAGCAUUGCCAGAGAUUCAGAUGACAGCUCAGAUGAUGAAUUCUUUGAUGCGCAUGAGGACUUGUCUGACAAUGAGGAAAUGUUCCCGAAAGAAAUAACCAAAUGGAGUUCCAAUGAUCUGAUGGAUAAAAUUGAAACCCCUGAAUGCGAUGAUGUCCAGGGUGACUUGUAUCAUGAGACAUCAGCAGAGUACCGCGUUGGCUCCAGCGUGGAGAGGCUCAGCAUCAUUGAAGAUGAAUCAGUGCAGCCAUUAAUGCAGCCAAGUAAAAUCCAUGUCCUCCUCUUGGUACUCCAUGGAGGGAACAUCUUGGACUCAGGAAGCGGUGACCAGAGCUCUAAGCAAGGGGAUGUCAACACCAUCACGACAGUGUUUGACACAGUGAUGAGGGUACAUUACCCAGCUGCUCUUGGACACAUUGCCAUCAGGCUAGUACCUUGCCCAGCCAUUUGCUCCGAAGCAUUUUCGCUGGUGUCCAGCCUCAGCCCAUAUAGUUACGAUGAAGGCUGCCUGUCCAACAGCCAGGAUCACAUUCCCCUUGCUGCACUCCCUCUGCUAGCAACAUCAUCCCCGCAGUACCAAGAAGCAGUAGCCACAGUCAUUGCCAGAGCCAACCAGGCCUACAGCGAGUUCAUCAGAUCCCAGGAGGGCAUGUCAUUCAACGGCCAGGUCUGCUUGGUAGGGGACUGUGUUGGAGGAAUCCUGGGAUUUGAUGCCUUAUGCUACAGCAAUCAGACUGUGUCCGAGAGCCAGAACAGCAGUCGGCGAGGAAGCGUUGUGAGUGUCCAGGAUACAGACCUUCUGUCUCCUGGAAUAACGGUGAACAACAGCUAUUGUUCCAGUGGCUCUAAUCUGGAAGCCAGCAGACACCUCAGCAGGAGCAACAUUGAUAUUCCCCGUAGCAACGGAGAAGAUUCAAAGAAGCAGCUGCCACGAAAAAGGAGUGAUUCAUCAACCUAUGAACUGGACACGAUAAAGCAGCACCAAGCCUUUCUUUCAAGUUUACAUUCUAGUGUGCUGAGAAAUGACCCGGGAUCCAGGCGAUCAAGUAGCUCUACUAUGUUGGAUGGAGGAAAUAUUGGAAAGUUUGAAUUUGAGAUCACUGACUUCUUCCUCUUUGGUUCUCCCUUGGGUCUGGUUCUUGCCCUGCGAAAAACUGUCAUUCCAGCUCUUGACAUCUUUCAGCUCAGACCAGCUUGUCAGCAGGUCUAUAACCUGUUCCACCCUGCAGACCCAUCUGCUUCACGCCUCGAGCCUCUUCUGGAGAGGAAGUUCUACCUUUUGCCACCCUUUAAUAUUCCCCGUUACCAGAGGUUCCCACUGGGUGAUGGCAAUUCUGCUGUUCUGGUUGAGACAAUCCAGAACAAUCCCAUCCUCCUCAUGGAAAGUAGCCCUCUGGGUGCUCUCCAGCACCAGGACAGCUUCAUGGAAACAAGUAUCCCCGUUCCCGUACUGAAUUGGCAAGAUGUUUCCAAUAAAAGUGCUGGUUUUGCUGAGUCAGAUGUUGUUCAGUCUCAUGGUGCCAUCUUCAUGGAAAGCGCGUCCCUGUCCACCCCUAUUUCAGCCCCUCAGUUCAGGGGCUUCCGGAGAGCCAGUGAGAUCAGCAUUGCCAGCCAGGUCUCAGGAAUGGCAGACAGUUACACUGCUUCCAACAUAGCCAACAUUGCUGCCAAGUGGUGGGGAACCAAAAGGAUCGACUACGCUCUCUACUGUCCUGACGCUCUGACGGCUUUCCCGACGGUUGCUUUGCCUCACCUCUUCCACGCGAGCUACUGGGAGUCCACAGAUGUUGUCUCCUUCCUGCUGAGACAGGUGAUGAGGCACGAGAACUCAAGCGUUUUGGAGCUGGAUGGGAAGGAGGUGUCUGUCUUCACCCCCUCCAAGCCCCGCGAGAAGUGGCUCCGCAAGAGGACGCAUGUGAAGCUCCGGGCCAACCACAGGAUAAACGACACCAUUGCUAAUGAAGAUGGGCCCCAGACCUUAAAUGGAAGAUUUAUGUACGGUCCGUUAGAUAUGGUCACACUCACAGGAGAAAAGGUGGACAUUCACAUCAUGACCCAGCCACCGUCAGGAGAGUGGGUUUACUUUGACACCGAGAUCAGCAACAGCAGCGGCAGGAUUUCUUAUGUCAUCCCUCAGAACCGGCGCCUGGGCAUUGGCGUGUACCCUGUCAAGAUGGUGGUCAGGGGUGACCACACAUAUGCAGACAGCUACAUCACAGUCCUGCCGAAGGGGACGGAGUUUGUGGUGUUCAGCAUCGACGGCUCCUUUGCAGCCAGUGUAUCCAUCAUGGGCAGCGACCCCAAAGUCCGCGCCGGAGCGGUUGACGUUGUAAGGCACUGGCAAGACCUCGGCUACCUCAUUAUCUAUGUCACGGGCCGCCCCGACAUGCAGAAGCAGAGGGUGGUAGCGUGGUUAGCACAGCACAACUUCCCCCACGGGAUCGUCUCCUUCUGCGAUGGGCUCGUUCACGACCCGCUGCGGCACAAGGCCAACUUCCUGAAAUCCCUCAUCACAGACCUCCACAUGAGGAUCCAUGCGGCAUAUGGAUCUACUAAGGACAUCUCUGUGUACAGCUCCAUCAGCCUUCCGCCCACGCACAUCUACAUCGUUGGCCGACCCACCAAAAAGCUGCAGAGCCAGUGUCAGUUCAUCACGGAGGGGUACGCAGCCCACCUGGCCCAGCUGGAGUACAACCACCGCUCGCGCCCCGCCAAGAACACCACGCGCAUGCUUCGGCCACCGGGGGGCCCCGCCGGCCCCCGCCCCGAGCGCACCCAGAGCCAGUCCGACAGCGACAAGGAGAGGGACAGGGAACGCAGCCAAAGAAGCAUGAGCAUCGCCACGGGGUGCUGGGGCCGGAGCACAGCAUCCCGGCUGGAGUCUGGCCUCUUGGGGCAGAAGUAG